AUGCUGUGUUGGGGGAACGCCAGGGAUGGACAGCUGGGCAUUGGCGCAGAGAGGAACCCUGCGUUUGAGCCCAGGAACUGCCGCGUGUUCAGUGGGCGAGGACUUAAGGAGGUUGCAUGUGGAGGGCAGCACACGCUGUUCCUGCUGCAUGAUGGUAGCGUGUACACAUGUGGCUCCAACAGCUGUGGGCAGCUGGGCCACAACAGAGAUGGGACGUCUCCAGAGCUGGUUGGCGCUCUUGAUACCCAGAAGAUAACGAUGGUGUCAUGUGGUCGGACCCAUUCCAUGGCCAUAAACGAGCAGGGUCAGGUGUUCGCCUGGGGAGCCGGCGAAGGGGGCCAGCUGGGCCUGGGGACCAGGGAGGCGGUCGUUCGAAUCCCAAGGUUGGUCAAACAGCUUUGUGACCACAGCAUUUCUCAAGUAAUGUGUGGGAAUCAGCACUGCAUCGCACUUUCCAGAGAUGGUCAGCUGUUCACCUGGGGCCAGAACACUAACGGUCAGCUUGGUCUGGGUAAAGGAGAGCCCAGCAAGCUGACGCCUCAUCCUCUGAAGUCUCUGGCAGGGAUUCCUCUGGCCCAGAUAAGCGCCGGGGGUGACCACAGUUUUGCCCUUUCCCUGUCUGGAGCCGUCUUUGGAUGGGGCAAAAACAGAGCGGGACAGCUUGGUCUUAAUGACAGACAAGAUCGAGCCGUACCGUGUCACAUCAAAUUCCUCAGGUCCCAGAAAGUUGUUUAUAUCAGCUGUGGAGAUGAGCACACCGCAGCCCUCACAAAGGACGGAGGCCUGUUUACGUUUGGGGACGGCUCACGGGGGCAGCUGGGUCACGGCGCCAGCAAUAACGAGCUCCUACCAAGACGAGUGCUGGAGUUAAUGGGCACUGAGGUUUCCCAGAUCGCCUGUGGAAGGCACCACACUCUGGCCUUAGUCCCAUCGUCCAGCGUGGUGUAUGCAUUCGGUUGCAACAGCCAUGGACAACUGGGGACGGGAACCCUGGGGGACUCAAGAAGCCCACUUCCUGUCAAGUCAGCUUUUCUUACUGGAAACCUGCAGAGAAGAGGGGACUCAAAGAACUGCAUUGUUCUAAAAAUCAUCUGUGGAGGAGAUCAUAGUUUCUUGUUAUAUUCCAAUGAGCAGAGUUCUGCUGUCUCAGAGGACUUCAGAGUGGUUAAUGUUAGUAAAAGCCUCUCCCCCAUCAACUAUGAACAGUUAAAUUCGUGGAGAUUAAAACUGAUGUACAACACAGACUCUAGUGUGGCAAAUGACAUUGUGAUUCAGCUCUCCUCGACAGCGUGUUGGAACGCCAGCUUCCUGGACCAAAGUGAUGAUGCUCACUUCAGAACCAACCCAAAGAUCCCGGGUAUUGAUCUGAACUCUGUCAGAAUGCUGUUCCAGGUUCUCAGCACACCAGCCUUCUCUGGACUGCUGGAGCAGGCCACCAAGAGUUUCCAAAGCCUAUUAAUUCCCCAGCUGCCACGCUCGCCACCUGAUGUCGAAGCCAUGAGGAUCUUCCUCAUCUUGUCCGAGUACCCCGCCUUGCAGGACUCCAACAACUACAUCCGACUCACUAUUCCCCUGGCGAUGGCCAUUCUCCGACUAGACACCAAUCCCAGCAAAGUAUUGGAUAACUGGUGGUGCUUUAUGGAUGACAGCUUCUUCACCAGAAUGGUUGACAUGUACAAAAGCAUUGUUGUGUUCAUGCUGACUGGCGGCAAGACGAUCAUGGUACCCAUCUUCUACGAGAACUAUUUCCUGGCCACAUUGCGGCUGCUCGAGAAACUCCACAAGGUGAACCUAAAGGCUAACCACGUGGAAUACAGUCGCUUUUAUAUUCCUGAUAUCACCAGUCUGGUGGACAUCCAGGGAGACUACCUCAAAUGGUUUCUGAGAAAAGCUGAGAUUAAAAUGGGCUCAUCCCCCUCGCAGCAGAAAGACUCUGCCUCAGUGAACCUCUGUGCCUUCCCGUUCAUCCUGAAUGCCCAAGCCAAGACGACGAUGCUGCAAACAGACGCUGAACUGCAGAUGCAGAUGGCAGUCAGCGGUGCAAACCUUCACAACGUCUUUAUGCUGCUCACGCUGGAGCCCCACCUGGCUAGAAACCCAUAUCUGGUGCUCCAUGUGCGCAGGGACCAUUUAGUCAGCGACACGCUGCGGGAGCUCACCAUGUACUCUGAUGUGGACCUUAAGAAGCCACUCAAGGUGAUCUUUGAUGGCGAGGAGGCCGUGGAUGCAGGCGGCGUCACUAAAGAGUUCUUCCUGCUGCUGCUGAAGGAGCUUCUGGAUCCGGUCUAUGGGAUGUUCACUCAUUACAAUGAAUCCAACCUGCUGUGGUUCUCAGACAAAUGUUUUGUGGAGCAGAACUGGUUUCAUCUGAUCGGGAUCGUCUGCGGUCUGGCCAUCUAUAACGCCACGGUGGUGGAUCUGCACUUUCCUCUGGCUCUCUACAAGAAGUUACUGAACGUGUCGCCUUCACUGGAGGACUUUAAAGAGCUGUCGCCCACAGAGGCCAGGAGUCUUCAGCAACUUCUAGACUAUGAAGGAGGAGACAUAGAAGAGACGUUUCUUCUCAACUUUGCUAUCACCAGGGAAAACUAUGGGAUGACAGAAACCAAGGAGUUGGUUCCUGGAGGAGAAGACAUCACUGUGGACAAAAACAACAGGAAGGAGUUCGUGGAGGCCUACCUUCGCUACGUGUUCUCAGACUCGGUGAGCGAGCAGUACUCGGCCUUCUCCUCUGGUUUCCUGAAAGUGUGUGGAGGGGAGAUCCUGUCGCUCUUUCAGCCCUCAGAGCUGAUGGCCAUGGUGGUCGGUAACAACAAUUACAACUGGGAGGAGAUGGAAAAGAACGCUGUCUACAAAGGGGAGUACUCCGCCACUCACCCCACCGUCCGAUUUUUCUGGGAGGUUUUUCAUGAGUUCUCCCUGGAGAAAAAGAAGCAGUUUUUAUUGUUCCUGACGGGCAGCGACCGCAUCCCCAUCCACGGCAUGGAGAGCCUCCGGAUUGUCAUCCAGUCCACCACGGCAGAGGAAGACUACCUGCCCGUGGCUCACACUUGCUACAACCUCCUGGACAUGCCCCGCUACCAGACCAAAGAGAUCCUGCAACGCCGCCUCACUCAGGCUGUGGAGCAGUACGAGGGCUUCAGCCUGGUCUGAGGGGGGACUUUAACGCACUUUAACAGAUCUGGGGGAGUAAUGGUGGGAUGAAGAUUGUUUGAGAUCCUGAAACUUUGAAGGUUUAUGUGCUUAUAUAUCUUUACAUUAAUUUUACUGCUGGAAAUUAGGAUUUUAUGAUUGGAAAUAAGUCUAAGUAUUUCAAUAAAGAGAUCGCUGAUGGAAAUUUGCAUGUCUGGACAUCAGAAAACAGUAAUGGUGAGGAAACCUCUGGAUUUUAGCAUCGUUUUCCUUCUGCAAAUCUGUGUAUUUUAUAUUCCUUAAAUUCUAUUUUUCACCUUUGAAAUGUUCAUCUUAUUAUCCUGAAACAGUAUGUUUGCUUUUGUUUUUAAUUUAUCAAACAGAGUGUUUUAUAUUUUGAUGACUUGAACAUGUAUAUUGUUGGAACACAGCAUAUGUAAUCAAACCUAAAGCUCUGGUGUUUGGGAGGGGCCAUAGUAAUGCUGAUCCUUUAAACCCCGCACACCAGGAUGUCCUCGCCUGACAUUUAAAGUGGUGGGAGGCAGAGGAGUCUUUGCAGGCUGACGAAGGCUCCAGGGAAACAACCUAAUGGUUCAUUCCAGUUUAGCUGUAAAUUCAGAAACAGCUGACACCUUUUUACUUGCAUUCAACAGUGUUGCCUUCUGGAAGGACAUGAAGCUGACGUUUAGUCCCUGGGUGUUGUCUGUGUGCUUGUCGGUGGGGGCACCAGGUUCUAGGUGGGAAUUUAUCUGAAAAUACGACGACUGGUUCUGUUCCAGAGAGCUGGAUGUGAUGCGAUAUGCCAGCUGCAGGUUCCAGUCGUAUGAGUAAAGAGUCAAAGAAGCAUGAAGAAUGUCCCAAAAAUUUCACUUGGAGCUAAAUAUAUUAGAAUAUUAUCAGUUCAUGUAAUUAGCAGCUAUAUCAACUAAUAGUAACUAAAUUUGUCAUGAUUAACUAUUUUAAUGACGUGUAUAUUAAAUCGUUGGCAAACAUGAGUCUGAUCAGAUUUAGCUACCAUUUGUUCUAGAGCUUUUCCUGAUACUCUGUGUAUUCCUGAAGUCCAGCCUGUGCGAAAUGAGUGAUAAAAAGUAUAUCUUCUCGAGCUACUCAGCAAUAACUUGAAUCAGCCAAGUUAUGUCGUCCAAUCUCUGGGUUUACCUUCAAAUGACGCUGCAUCCUUUGGCUUCAGCUCUGCUGUAUGAUCACUCAUGUUCAACAUUCAUUUUCACUCACACUGAAGUCCUAUGCAAAGGUUAGUGCAGCCCUUGAAUUUUAUUGUGCUACAGAAAAUGUGACUUUUUCUGCAUAUUUGUCUGAAGGCUAUAGAAUGUUAGCUGUUCACGCCAAGGUUUCAAAUAAAAAACAUGAAAGAUUUC